CGUCCGGGCACUCGAGACACCCUACCCCUAACCCCUAAGACUCAGGAUACUGCCUCUAUGCUGUCCUUCUCCUCCCCGACAUCCGUCUACUCGGUUUGCAAACACCGCUCCUACCGCCUUGCCUCGCCUCCAAACUUCCACUGGCGCGGAGGCGAUUUCUCGACACCGAUCAAUCAGGGUCCCAUCAUUUGUCACGAUCAAAUCACGCGCGGGCCUGGGCGCUGGCUCCCUGAUUUCGAAGAGAAGCGCGGAAGAUGCGCUGUUGGGGCUUAGGAGGAGGAGGGCGAGCGGCAAGGAAUAUCCGGGUGACAGAGUCGUGGAAUCGCUUAGCAAAGUGGUGGGGCAUCAAGGGGGAGACGCGGUGAUGCUCUGCGAGUCCGUGCGCCUGGUAGAUUCGUAUAAAGAGCGGGCCCGUCUACAGCAGUUGACCUUCGUGUCAUCACUUCGGUGCUCUAUCGUCUAUCUUCACUACUUGACGCGUACCUUCUCAUGCCACUACCAGAGCAGCCUGCGCUUCGAACUCCUGGUACUUCAAAGAAAUCGAGGAUUUACGCCGGGAACCUCAAAAUAUCCUAGUUUUGCCUGGCCCUCUGUUGGAUUCUUAAACGCGCCGGCCAGACGUAACGAGCAGCAGGGUGAGUGUACGACCGUAUGUCGAGCUCACUCUGAUCAUCACCAACGUCCUAUCCCCACGACGCGAUGGUCCGUCGUCGCGCUCUGCGUCGCUGAGCGGCGGUCAGCCCCUGACGACUCUCGAGCUGAGCGCCGUCACCCGUCUUGUGAGUCCUUUCAGUGCGUUACAACACGUGUCACUGACUUUUCUUGCUUCCCACCGCCAUGUCUGCGACGUCGCCGCCUUACGAUAGGGCGACCAAUAGGAGGAUACGCGAUACCGGACUCAUCUAUGACCAGAUUACACCGCCGACUUGGGAGUCCGACAAUCACCCGGGGUUCUCGGGCCCAUCGAGGUUCUGGAGGUGCCAUAGGCCGCUCGCUAGACGGUCCCCACCUUCACCCAGCCGCUCGACGAUACCCUGAACCUUCGAGGGAUUUGAUCAGGUUCUCGGGGUCAUCGAGCUAUCCUUGAGGCCCUCAAACCGCCGGAGUCAUGCGCGGGAUCUCUAGA